UCCCCACACUCGUGCCUCCACACGUUCCUCAGCAUCCUUCUCCUCCCUGUAAAUCUCCCCUCCUCCUCUUCUUCCUCCUCCUCCUACUGUAUGUCCCUCUCCGCUCACGCUCUCUCGGUCUCAGCGUUGCUCGGAGCAGUUGUUCGGCAGAGCGGCGAUACAUUUGCACAGCGUGCGUUUUCGGCGGCGGCAGACUGCGGGCGAACUGGCAAGAAAGGGAGCAGAGAGUCUGAUAGAAAAAGGGAGAGUGAAUGGCAAGCGAGGCAGGACUGAGCGGAACCGGAGAGAAAGCAGCACUCCUCAUUUGUUAGGCCCCAGACAAGUACAAAGCACUGAUCUUUCACGACAGGAGCCCACCAGACGACUCCACCUUCUCACAUUUCCGCCAUCGCCUCUCCUGCAGGUUUUUAUUAAAUGAAGACACAGACCUGUCCAGCUCCCUGACAUCCUUCAUAAUGAAUGGCUGCCCAUUUGUCUGAGUGUCAGCCGGAAGCCCUGAGGAGGCCCCUUCACUCGGACCAGUCGGCCGUACAUGGAGACCCCCAGUUGGGCAGAAACGAAGCCAGGAACUGGUCUGUGCAAACCGGGGACCAUCACUCUCUUUGGGAACGUGGUGUACGGUGGGCUCUUCAACGAACACUUCUGGCAUUUGGGGGUUCCCCUCGUCACCAGACUGGGUAAUCAAGAGGCCCCGGCCCCCCCUGAAGCAAUGGCUCAAGCCUUCCCACCCGCCCAGUACCCUCCUCCACCACAGAAUGGGAUGCCCGCUGAGUAUGCCACACCCCACGCUCACCCGCCAAACGACUUCACAGGACCAAAUACAGUUGGCGAGCACGCCCUGACGCUGUACACGCCAACGCACACGCAGAGUGAACAGCCCGUAAAUGACAGCAGCAUCUCUGCACUCACAGCCAACACAGUAACGUUUUGCUUGCUUAAAGAUGGUUUCUCAGGGGAAGCUGUGUGGAGAGAAUGUUCUCCUCACCACAGUUACAAGCAGAUAGAUGACAUCACACAGACGGAGGGUUCGCAGCAGCUUCACCUGCAGCCGAGUGACUCGUCAGAGAAACAGCAGCCCAAAAGAUUACACGUCUCCAACAUCCCUUUCCGAUUCCGGGACCCUGACCUGCGGCAAAUGUUUGGGCAAUUUGGCAAGAUUUUGGAUGUGGAGAUUAUUUUUAACGAGCGAGGCUCCAAGGGCUUUGGGUUUGUAACAUUUGAAACAACCGCCGAUGCUGAUCGCGCACGGGAGAAACUAAAUGGUACAAUCGUAGAAGGACGCAAAAUAGAGGUCAAUAAUGCCACAGCAAGAGUAAUGACCAACAAAAAAGUGGCAAACCCUUACGCAAACGGCUGGAAGCUGAAUCCAGUGGUUGGAGCCGUUUAUAGUCCUGAAUUUUAUGCAGUCACAGGGUUUCCAUACCCCACCGCAGGAGCAGCAGUGGCCUACAGAGGAGCCCAUUUGCGAGGGAGGGGCCGGGCCGUCUAUAACACGUUCCGUGCUGCACCACCCCCUCCGCCCAUACCAGCCUACGGAGCCAGCGUGGUCUACCAGGAUGGAUUUUAUGGGGCGGAAAUAUAUGGUGGAUAUGCAGCUUACAGAUAUGCCCAACCAGCUGCUACUGCUGCAGCUGCAUAUAGUGACAGUUACGGCAGAGUCUAUGCAACAGCGGACCCGUAUCACCAUACGAUCGGUCCUGCAGCCACGUAUACCGUGGGCACGAUGGCUAGCCUUUACAGAGGAGGGUGCAGUCGCUUCACUCCCUACUAGAAAGGAGAGGGGUCACGCCCCUUUCACUCCCCAGCAAAAAAAAAAAAAAAAAAAAACACAAAUAUAAAAACCACAGCAAACAAAAUCUAUAAUUAGCCAUCCCUUUCAUAUGAAGAAACACACUGUGCAUCCAGACGGCCAAUAGAAUCAUUCUAAAGUUGCUUCUAGUACUUUACAGUUGCUGGUGUAUGGAUUCAGUGUACUUAAUUUGGGAACAUUUGUCAUGGGAGGGAGGGGGCAGUUGUCACAAAAGGAAUCUUUAUUUCCACCCUUUCUGUGUGUUCUCUCCAAGCUUGGUCUGUAACUCAGCUCCUUUGGGAUGGCCUAACUCGAUUGUCUUCAUUAGUCAUUUUCCUUCAUAUACAUUGAGCUGCAGCAGCAGCGUUCAGUAAAUUCCAGUUUGCUGCAACCAACUUAUAUGUACAAUUUAGGACCAAAAUGCACAACCGUUUGGUCCUACAAGAGCUGGCUCCGUUAUAUCAGAGCCGACUGAAUGGGAUUUCCAACUGUUAAGUCGGAAUGAGGGUGAAACUGCAAGAAAAUGCUCAGCAUUAAGUGACGCCUAAUGGGAGCCAGGCUAAGAGUGAGGACACGCAGGAAGUGAUGCGUAGUGGAGAAACAGCGAUGGCGGCCAUUUCAAAAUGGGCGGCGGUGCGUUCGAGCCAAUUGAUUGUUGGCUCGAUGCCAGAUGCUGGAGGUAUCCCAUGUAUUGCUUUGCAAGGGGAGGGGCUGGGGGAACACAUUAUUUUCACUCAAUGUAUGUACCGUUUCCUGUCUAUUCACAUGAUGCAACAUGAGAAAUAUUUCUCGCACGUAAUGAACAAACUCAAGAGUGUUUUAUUGAUCCCCCCUCAGCCCCUCCCCCCCCAAAAAAAAUCUUUGAAUUUGCUUUUAGUGAAUUAGUGGCCUCCUGAUGAAUUUCUACUCGUCCCUGACGUACUACCAUAUUGGCCCGGAUAAAAGACAGCACUGAUUAUAAGAUGAGCCCCUCUUUUUUCAAGACUCAAGUUUGAAAAAAGACUUUUUGAACACCAAUCGAAUUUUUAUACAGAAAAUAAUUACAGUACAUUUGAAACAAUGUACUGUACAUUUGUAACAAUAUAUUUGAGAAAACAAGCACAUUAUUUUGCCUCAUUCAAAUGUAAACUGCAAUCACAUUCGUAAAUGAAUGGCUUCUGGUUUUUUAAAUGUAAAUGACAUCAUAACUUCUCCUCACCUGCCGGUUAACCUGGCCAAUCAUUGACCCAUUUUCUGUUAUCUCUUCUAUUAUUUUCUUCUGUUUUCCUUGUUACUGCUAUUUUUUGUUUUUAUUUUUCGUGCUACCGCUAUUUUUAUUCUUCGUGGCAGGAGUUCACGUUGGCCUGGGAAGUCAAGUUCAGCAUUCUCUUCAAUGAUAUUUGGCACCAUCUAGCGUCGUGAAUGGGUAUAAUGUCUAGACCCCGAAUAUAAGACAACCCCCACUUAUUUCAAUGCAAAAAAACACCGUCUUAUAUUCGGGCCAAUACGGUAUUUAUGAUUAUCAGUUCUGAAUCUGCUGUCCCAAGAUUACACAUACAAUUACGACUCAGUAUUUCUUAUUCAGAUUUUUUAUUGAUGCAACUUGUAAGCAAAUAUUUUUGAAGCCUGAUUGCGCCCAUUGCUCACUUUCACUCGGGAUGCCCAUUAUUAGUUGACGUGAAUGUACCAGCUUCCUAAGAUCAUUUAUGUCAGCACCCCUAUAAUAAUGUGCUGCUUUUGUCAACAAAAAAAACAUUUAUCGAAAAAGGCCUCACAACACACCGUUGGCAAAGGAUGAUUUGUGAUCUUCAUCCAAAGCAGUCCACAAAUGCGGGUGGAUACGAAAAGUUCACGACACUGACCAAACGAUUGUGAUUCGGCCACUUCUAUUGGACUUUGCUUUCUUUAAGUGUGUUUGUCAGAAAUCUGCCCAGAGUCGCACGGCCACAGCAGGCAGUUGUCCCUAAUGAAUCCAGCAAUUCCACUCCCUCCCUCACAAACUCGUAUACACAAAAAACACACACGCACACACUUAUAGGAGCUCCCUCACCACUAAAGCAUCUGUGCCGGCUGUGUCUGAUGGCAUCGUAAAGACAGGAGUCAGUAGCGCAGGAAGAGAAGGGUGGUGUGAAGAGCACCACUAACCGAGGCAAUAUCCGUCGCAGAUUAGAGAUAAGAGAGUUCAGUCAAUAGGCACUGAUCUCAUUUGAAGAUACACCAGACGGACUAUACUCACACAAACAAGCACAAAUUUACGCUUGCUCCUCUCGCUGUCGCCGGCGGGCGUCUUUUCUGUUGUUCUGCUUCCCCCCCGCUUCUCCCCAAAAAUUGAGAUUAAACAAAAAAGAUCAGUCUGCUGUUUCACUGUGCGCAAAAAGCAGAUUGAAAGCGUCCUGUGCUGAUAUGUAAGAAUACAACACAGCUAUCGACGCACGUUUCUUAAAACACAACGUACACAUCUCAACGUUCAGGUCGGUACUUUUCCAUUGGAGAAAGGAAAAAACCGCACCGUGAAAUAAUUUGAAACUGCCGAGAUUCAAAUCUAAAUUGAUCAUCGUCAAGAGGAAGUAUGCCAUCAGUCAUUAGUGGCUAUGCUAUUGCUAACUUUGGUUGUGGGGUAAGUAGAAGAGAAAAAAACAACAAUCAAAGCAUAGCGUUAUAGUAUUCGUGCCUGUGUCCCAAUUAAACUGAUCACUCAAAUUAAAAAAAAAAUUAAAAAGAGAUACUUUUUAAUGUUUUUAACACAUUUAGCAUUUUUUAUGCUUUCAGAAUAACACCAGUACUGUAUAUAGUUACAGAUAUAUAUAUAUAUAUACACACACCUCGUUUUUGGAUACUCAUAUUGUAUUGUAUAUAUUUAUAUUACGCUUACAUGUUACCAUAUAUCGGAAAUUCUGUGUUGUUAAUAAAUACAUGACUUGCGUCUUGGCUAGUAGUCAUUACCAAGCUUCUUUAUGAGCGUUAUUAAUCAGCAACAAUAACCCCACCCCACCCCAAAAAAGGGCCAAUGUUUGUUUUAUUGGCAUUAAAGAUGAGUGACCACCCAAAAACAAAGCGUUGCCACAAUCAAGCAUCUGGCAACGUUGUGCCCAACGUGUGGUGAUAAAACAAGACUAAUGCCGACAAAACAACUCCAAACUGCAAAAUACUUCUUCUGGGAACAGAGCAGAAAUGAUGGAGCCGACAUAAGACGUGAGAAGCCUUGGCACAAAUCAGAGUGCAUUGUUACGGUUUUGUUAGUGAUGACGACGCAAGUGCAAAAAAGAUAAAUAAAUAAAAUGAAGACCUGACUGUCAAAAAUUAUUCUUACCACCGGCAUUAUUGUGAUGUAGGCUAUAUGUGAAUUAUUGUAGUUAAAAUAGAUAGUCCCCAUUGUGCCGCAAUACUUGAUAUACAGUGGAAAUAUAUAUAUUUGUUUUUAUGCGAUAUUUUCCCCAUUUGGCGGCACAUCCCCAUCACCGGCGUGGUGAGCGCGUUUCCCCAAAAUAUCCUCAGUUGUAAUUGCGAUCAAAAGAGCAAUUGAGUUAAUUCAUUUCAUUUUCAGUCUGGUGGUGCAACACACACACACA